CAGUGAAAGGUCAGGGUUUACCUCCGGUACAGUUCAACGCCACACUUACUCAGCUAAACCGGUCUCUCAAACUGGUUAGUAAGCCAUAGCUGGGCGUUAAAUAACGUUAAGUCUUGUAGCUUUCAGAUAGAGUUCGCUUCAGACUUUGACAGCUCGAGUUACGGCUGAGUUUCAAACUCUCUCCUCAUGUCUGGGUCUAAGUGUACACGGCUUGGUGGACCUUUGGUGAAGCAGGUCCUGGAAUCGGUGGACAGUGUCCUGUUUGACUGCGAUGGGGUCAUCUGGCGAGGGGAUCAGGCCAUCCCCGGAGCCGCUCAGGUCAUAAACCUCCUUAAGGAAAACGGGAAGAAGGUCUUCUUCGUCACCAACAACAGCACCAAGACGAGAAAGAUGUACGCCGACAAGAUGAACACGCUGGGGUUUGAUGCGACGGAAGAGGAGGUGUUUGGCACCGCGUACUGCUCCGCCAUGUACCUGAAGACGGUGUGCAAGGUGGAGGGCAAGGUGUACCUGGUGGGGAGCAACGCAAUGAAGCAGGAGCUGGAGGCGGUGGGGAUCCAGCAGACCGGGGUGGGACCUGACCUCAUCUCUGGGAAGCAGCUGGACUGGGCUAACGUGCCUCUGGAUGCAGACGUGAAGGCUGUGGUGGUGGGCUUCGAUGAACACUUCAGCUACAUGAAGCUGAACAGGGCCCUGCAGUACCUGAGCCAACCGGGCUGUCUGUUUGUGGGAACCAACAGGGACACCAGGCUGCCUCUGGAGGGGGGCAAGGCUGUCCCAGGUAAGAAAACUCUAACAUCAACUCUAACAACUGGGCGAUAUAUCGAUAUAAGAAGUAUACCGAUAUAUUUUUAAAUGAGAUAUGGAAUUGGACCAUAUUGCAUGUAUUGAUAUACAGAUAUCAGAUGCUGUUGUUGACAGGCUGGUGUUUCUCGCACAAAAUCUUUAAACAUAGAAGGACACACUUGUCUGUCCUCUAAUGUCUACCACAAGACAACACUAACUGUUUAUAAAAGUAAAAAAGAAAUAAGAGGAAAUGUUCACUGAGUUCUUAGUCUUGUGCAACUGGUUGAGACUGUUCAGAAGAUGAGAAAGACAGAUAGGUAAUCUCAAAAUGAUGUUUAAAAACAAUUUUCUUACACUGAGCACUUUAUUUUGUUCUGACUUAAUAGAUGUAAAUGCUUUAUAGAUGUAAAUUCUUUUGUAGUGUUUGUUGUUUGCAUAUGUGGAUUUGUUAGAGAGAAGAAAAUCUGCAAUUCAAUUUUAAUAUGCCAUUCAUAGUUGUCAAAAUGUUGAUGCUUUUCUCAUAUAAAUACAUUUAUUUCAGAAAAAGAUUGGCCUAUCAUACUUUAUGGGCACCUCUUGGAGCUCCAAUUUAAAAUAAAAAGAGGUACUCCUGUGGUUAUACAGUAUUUAUGUUUACAAUUUAUUGCUCUUUGAACAGCUGAGCAUUAUUUCAUCUGGCCAGUUUAAAAAGAACUACUUGUGACAUGUCAUAUUUGGCUUUGACUGUGCCUACACAUUUGAUAUAUAUCGUAUAUCGAUACUCAGCCUAAAUAUAUCAGGAUAUGACUUUUGGUCCAUAUGGCCCAGCCCUACAUCAAACACAACAAGGGCUUAAAACUAAUGUACACAGAUGCUGGCAAGAGAUUGCAAAACUUUUACACUUGCUUAGACCUUAUCUAGAUGUUUUCAGAGCAUUAGAUGAAGGUGCAAGAUUUAUUUCAAGCGUAUUCUCUAAAUUAUUCCUUACUUUGUGCUCAGAUAUGUUAAACCAAGGUUAGAGAACCAAGCCUCACUCCAGUAUAAGGAUAUUCAUACUCUCAGAUCUGCAACUUUCAUUAAGUAUUAUGGUAUCAUACUCAAAAUACCAGUCACUAGUCAAUGCAUUAAACUCAUAAAAUCGUAUGUGCAUAAAGGAAGUUUUGUUCGCAUCAUGGGUUAUAGGAAUAUUCCAACCUAAUACAUAAAUCAUUCAUCUAUGUUUAAAAUAAUUCUUUUAUCAAAUUUCAGGAGGCCUAGACUGGAGUGAAAAAAUGUGCUUUCUGCUUGAUGUCCUCCAUUUUUUUGUCCUAAUCUAGUCACCUCUUGUGAUAUCAAUUAGCUAAUCUUUUCCUGUUUGUGCUCCAUGCUACUUGAAUAGGUUCUUAGUUGUGAAGAAAUACUUCUUUUCCUCUUGCCCAAGCAGACAAGUGAAAUAGUUUCCGUGAGCUAAAGAAUUCUGGUGUUUAUUACCUACUUUUUUCAUAACAGAAUGUGGUAUUUUCACAAAGUGGAAUGAAACAACUCAAAAUCUGAAAAAUAAUUGCUUUUUAAUCACUUUGAAUGAUGUUGAUGCAGUGAUCCAAACUGAAAUGAUCAACAAUUGGUACAAAAGAAGUGACUGAAUCUUUGCUCUGAAAAAAAAGCAAAUUAAAUCUCAUAAUUUAGAAAAAAAAAUGGUUAUGAUUCAGACCCAAAUAACUAUUGUUGCCUCUUUAUGACCUAUAAAGGAAAAAAAAGACAAUCAACUCAAAGACUCAAUAUUUCUAACAUCUAAAACCACUGGUGAUUUGCAUUUUGUGUUUACUCAGGUGAUCUUUGUGUGAUAUUCAAAUUUGUUCGAUGAUCUGAAGCAUCUAAGUGUGACAAAAAAGCAAAAACAGAGGAAACCUAUGAGAAGGAAAUACAUUUUAACAGCACUGUUCAUGGCAAAUUCUCACAGUCGACCAAAAUCAACACAAACAAAAGUUCCCAACAUGAGCUUUAAACGGAAAGAUGAUGAUUAUGUUUUUUAAUAAGUUAACCAUGCCUCUCUUUUCACAGGCACAGGCUGCCUCCUGAAAGCUGUCGAGACUGCUGCCCAGCGCCAGGCUGAGACGGUGGGCAAGCCGAACCACUUCAUGUUCGACUGCGUGGCCUCACAGUAUGGCAUUGACCCUAACCGCUGCCUGAUGGUGGGCGACCGCCUUGACACAGACAUCAUGCUGGGCUCCAACUGUGGCCUAAAGACCCUCCUCACCCUCACUGGAGUGAGCACGGUGGCAGACGCGGAAGCCCAUCAGAAGAGCGGCUGUGCAGAGAGGCAGGGGAUGGUACCGGAUUAUUACGUGGACAGCAUUGCAGAUCUUCUGCCUGCUUUACAGGGAUAAAACUGUCACAUCUGCUCUAUUUAAAAGGAAUCGUUUGUCUUCAAGAUCAAAAUGAUUAAAAAAAUCAAAGUCACAACAAAGCAGCUUGCUGCUGUGUGUCAGAGGAGACAAAGACUCUUUUAAAACGCACUUAACCAAAUUAAAAUCUACUAUUUUAAAAUCUUAUUAAUGAUCUAUUACUAACGACAGAUAAACACUGAUGAACAAGCCAAUAUGCUAAGAGAUAAAGUUACAACUUAAGAUAUAGAGUGUAUGUUCCUUUUUUUGGAAAGUAGAGACGUCCUUCUCCUGUCUGUGAUGCAACUUAAUGGACGACACAAACUCAAGAAGGGAAAUGAGCACACAUCAUGUCCAAACAGUUUUGCAACUUGUGCGCACUUUUAGGUUUACAGUUCUGUUCUGAAAACUCCAAACAACAGGCAGUUGACAGUUACUAAUGCACUGAACUGCUCUGACUUGAGCUCUCUUUGUUUCAUGUAUUUUAUACACUAGCACAGAAAGUGUUAACAUUUGCAGUGACAUUCAUGGAUGGUGCAAUGGUAUCAGUUUUGUCAUGUCUGUUCACCAGUUAAAGGUGAUAAACAUAGUGGCAUUCAUGCUCUGAAGGUGCUCCAGUCUACCAUAAACCGUCUGUUCCUCCUGUUUUGUCAAAACACAGAAAGAAAUACUUGACUCCAUAAUAAACAACAAACUAUCC